AUGGGCGCAGUCGAUAGCGGACUGGCCAGCUGCAACGAGCUGGCCCUCGCCGCCCCCGCGACCGCAGCCCAAGGGACCCCGCACAGCUCCAGGAGGAGCCGGCGGCAGCUUCAGGCGGGGCAAGGCGCCGCCCACCUGGGCGGCGGCAUCUUGCAGGACUGCGUCCAAUCAGCGCAGCAUGCUGCCAUGCACCUCCUCCAUGGUCUGCCCGACAACGAUGAAGCUGGCCGGGAGUUCGCACACCCUCUCACAGCGAGGUUGAAGAUGUCGGGCUACUCCCCUCAGGAUGGCCGAGAGGUGGCGGAGGACGAGCGCCAGCGCAUCGAAGGUUUUUUCCAGGCGCUGAGGGUGGGCGACUUCAGAAAAGUCGUCGACUGCGCAGAGGAGGGCAUGGACCUGACGCUGCGCACUUUGAGGGGACAGGAUGUGGUGAUGCUCGCAGCGGUUUCCAAGAGCUCCUCGACGGUGAGCUGUUUGGAUUUCCUCCUUGAUGCCAAGAUUGGCAUUGAGAACAAGGACUGCUUGAGCUGGACGCCUCUAUCCCAUGCCUGCCGGAACAGCUCCACACAGGCCGUGACGUUUCUCCUGGAGCGACGGGCCUCCGUUGACACUCAGGACGUGGCCGGUCGGACGCCAAUGAUGCUGGCCUGCAUGGAUGCCUCUGCCGACAUCCCACCGCUCCUGCUUGAGGCCCGUGCAGACAUCAAGUUGCAGGACAAGCGGCAGUGGACGGCGCUUUUCUACGCCGCAGAGCGGGGGAAACAGGAGGUGGUGAAGUUUCUAUUGCGGAAGCACGCCACGCCUCAGCAAACGACCUCGGAAGGCAUCUCGGCGCUGAUGAUUGCCGCUGUAAGGGGGAACACCAUGGCCGCCAAACAGCUCAUCCGGCGCCAGGCAGACCUGAAUGGUGUCGAGAAGAGCGGGAACACGGCGUUGAUGCUGGCUCUGGCCGCAGCUCAGCAGGACCUGGUUGCCUGGUUGCUUCAGGAGGAUGUGGAUGUGGACAUCAGCAACGACCUGGAAGAGACCGCGUAUGACAUCGCUGCAGAGCAAGGUUUUAAUUCGCUGAAAAACACCAUCGUCAUGAUCUCGCGCAUCCGUGAGGAGGCCUUCUGUCCUCUCCUUUCUUGGGGCGUUUUUCGGAAAGCUCUCGGGGAAGAGGUUCAGGGUUAUCCGACGAUCAAGCUCUUCUUCCCGGAGGCCGGAUGUCUGCAAGCGAAGCCUGGAGCUUUGCAGCUCCAGGGGGAGCCCCAAAGGAAUGGGGCCUUAGCCUUGUGCGACGAUCAGACGCAGCCGUUGGGUUCCGAGACAUCGUGCGGCCAUGGGGAUGUGCGCCUUUGCAGGGCAGGAGGAUGGGGCCAAAAGCCCAAGCCCCGUCACAGGAGGCGGGGCCGGGGUCCGAGCCUGGAGAGCAGCUUUCAGCACCGUGCCUGGAGCCUGAAUGCAGGAACAGCUGGAGCAGCCGCAAGCAAAGGCAAACAGUACCCGGUGAUGAAGAUCGAGGACAGCUUCCGGAGCAAAGCUCGAAGUGGGGAGAACAGCCACAAGCCCAACGAUUUCUCAAGGAAGCUGCUGAAGGAAAUCGGAGGCGCGCCGCGACUACUGGAAAUGACGACUUGCUUCUACACCAAGGUCUUCGCGAAUCCGCACUUGGAGCCCUUUUUCGCCUCGACGGAGGUGAGCCAUCAUGCACCGCGGCUGGCCAACUGGGUAGCCGAGAAAAUGGGUGCUCCGGAGCAGCCAUGGACAAGGGAGCGUGGCAGCCGCAAGCAGCACGAGGCAACUCUGAAGCAGCAGAUCAUGUAUCCGAACCACAAGGGUGCUCUGGAGUUGGAGGACUUCUUGGUCCACGACCGCUCCUCUGCGCACUUCGCGGGGUGGCACUGCCCCAAGCGAGCAGGCUGCCCGAUGCACCAGGUCGGAGACCACUUCAAGCUCGACGACAGCCGGGUAUGGAUGCGACUCCACUUCUGGGCCUGUCGUGAGGUUGGUCUAUUCGGGCCGUCGGGCGGCGAGAGGAGCAAGCUCCAAGUCGAGUUUGAGAACUUCUACACCCGCUUUAUUGGCCACUUCGUGCGGAUCUAUGAGCGCAGCGCCCCCGCCUUCGCACGUCUGGAGUGCCGCUGGAGCGACGAAUCGACACCAGAUGGCAAGGCCAACGUCGAACGCUACCGAGCCUUGCAGCGCGAGACUCCGGACUACAUGGAGAAAAGGUUGCACGGCAUGGACGACGUGAUCGGUCUUCGAGAUCCUGCAGAGGCCCGAAGACGUGCCCCCGAGAUCCGGGAUGAUGGCUGGCCGUACUCUGACGAUGGAAUGUUUGUGCCCGAGUAG